AUGCCGAACCCAAAUAGAAACAAAAUAGGCGAACGCUUAUUCUCUUAUUUAAUCACUACUUUUUAUUACCGAUUUCGGGAGAAAAUAGGUUUUGCUUAUGGGAAAUUAGAAACUGAACCAGUAAUUAGAUUUGGUGGGUUUGUUUUAGAGGAGCCUUACCUUAAUGAGAAAACGAGAAAAACCGAAAUCAGACAAGGAUUUCACGAACGAGAACCUUUGCUUGUGCUGGGAAACUUGAUUAUUCCUACCCGCACCAUUUACCUCAACGAAUUAUUUCUUUAUCACCAAUUAGGACUAAGGCACUAUUAUGAAGAAAAAAUAGAGUUUGAAAAGCUAUUUAACUUUAAGGCUGUAAUAUAUGUGUUAGCUCAUGAAAUAGUCCACGCAAUUCUGACUGACUUUUAUCCCGAGGAGGAAGAACAUGGAGAUUUACAUAAGAAAUUAGUAGCCGAAAUGGUAAAAAUAAUUGAGGCUUCACCUGAAUAUCAGGAAUUAAAAAAGUUUUGA